AUGAACUGCCUAUUACGGAACUCGCGCCGCCUCCUCCUCGUCUGUAAGCAGGCGGGCGGCGUCCGCCGACUGGCUUCGCUGCUGCCGCCCCAUGCAAACCCGGUGCUCCGCUUCAGUCAGUUGUGCCGUAAUCCGCGUACGGUCGCUGGGGUGGCGGCCCUCGCCUCAGGUGCCGCGGCGAUGGCCGCCUUGGGCCGCUACGACCGCGAGGUUGUGCCUUACACGAACCGCACGCACAUGGUCAUCAGGUCUCCCGAGGCCGAACGCCAGCUCUGGGAGUCCCGUUUCACAAAGGACAAGAAAACCUGGGCUUCCAAAUCACAAAUCGUCGACCCGCUUCACCCGGACAGCGUUCGUGUACGCCGUAUAGCCGAUAAAAUUAUUCGCGCCACCUAUCGCACUCUCCCUAUUAACAGCAGCCACGAUGGCACCAAGAGCCCGAAGCCACAGACAAGUCAUCUUAAGGGGUGUGAGUGGGAGGUGAUACUUGUCAAAGACCACUAUACCAGUGCAAUGUGCGCCCCUGGUGGCAAAAUUGUAGUAUAUACUGGAUUGCUCGACCGUUUUACGGAUGCUGAGAUUGCCUUUGGUAUUGCGCAUGAGAUUGGGCACAUCGUUGCCAGGCACAGCUCGGAAAUUUGGUACGCCAAGUGGUUUCCGUUACCCUUGAUUUUGCCUUUCUUUCAAAGGACGGAGAUGGAGGCAGAUCACAUUGGAACCCUUCUACUUGGAGCUGCUGGUUUCCAUCCAUACGCGUCCCUCUUGUUCUUCCGGAAGGCCGCAAUGAUUGAAAGAGCGUCCUGGACGCCAGAAGAUCCCAUCGCUCUUCAUCCUUCACAUAAGAAAAGGGUUGAGCGUUUGUAUCAACCCAAAAUCAUGGAGGAGGCGAUGAAGUUAUAUAAGGAAGCUCCGCCCGACGAAGGAACCAGCUCACAAGCCACUGGUGAAGGUUUAACUUAG